AGAACGCAGCAACGAAGAUCCGCAUUUUCGCGAGUUUCUAGUAGCUCGACACCCUCACGUGGCGGAAGAGGCGAGUGCAAGCGUUCCUUCUUCGAAAAGUCUAUCGACUUGGAAUCAAAGUGAAAGAAGUGAUUCUAUUGGUGAUGCUGCUGUCAUUCGUGAAUCUGAUGGCGAAGAAAAUAGUGAAAGUGAAGGUGAAAAUGAAAAUUUUAUUCCAAACUUUCUUAUUAAUGCCGCCGAAGAGAGUUCCGUUGUUGAAGUUUUGGGGUUUACUGGGCCUCUCCGCCUUCUAUUCGAGAACUUGUUUUGGGCAAUAUUUGUUUCUUCUAUGGUGGUGGGAACUUUUGUGUUUCUUCCUUAUUGUGUUGGGUCUCUCCUUCUCACCAACGCCCAACAUUUGCUGCACUCCAAACUUUUAUUGCUGAGAAAAGCAGUGAAUAUUAUCGCCCGCUCUGACUGGACCGUUCUUUUUACUUCGCUGAUUGGCUAUCUAUCUCUCACACUCCUUGCUAUUGUAAUUCGUCGGACGUUUGCUAUUAUCAACAGGGGAAGGUCUACCUUUUUAGCGCGGGUGGACAAAGUUUUGGAGUUGGCCUGCAUGUACGUCAAAGUAUUUGGCUUGCUGACGGCCGAAUUGGGGCUGUUUCCCGCUAUCUGUGGUUGGUGGAUAGACUACUGUUCUGUCAGCUGGUUACGGACGAACUUUUCUGCGCGCGUGUUUUUUUUUCAUAGAUACCCAAUAACUUCUUUGUUUCUCCAUUGGUUGGUUGGGAUGCUUUAUAUAACGCACUUUGCCUCUUUUAUAUUUGUUCUUCGUAAAGAACUGAGGCCGGGCGUUCUCUGGUUCCUGCGGGAUCCUAAUGAUCCUUCUUUUGAGCCAAUCAGAGACAUGUUGGUGAUCCCCCUGCACCAAUACGCGCGUAGAUUCGUUUUUUCGCUGGUGCUAUAUGCGACAACGAUUGGCGGUUUGGUUUUCAUGCCUUUGAAGGCCAACCGUUUCCUGCUAAGCUACAUAUACGCACGGCGUCCGCUGGAACUGCCAUUGGACGGGGCUCCUCUUUUUAACGCUCCUGUUGAAUUGCUUAUCUUUCAUUGGCUGCUUCCACGAGUUUUGCGUUCUAUUGAUCUUCAGUCUGUUUGCAAGCAAGUCCUUCAUUGGUGGCUUUUGAAAAUAUCUCAGUUGUUGAGGAUCCAUUCUUAUCUUCUCGGGAACACCUCAUUGGAUAAAAAGAAGCAUUGCGAAGAUUCUUUUGGAGGCGUUGCAUAUAAACCUCCGUAUUUUCUAAUGCGGAUUUUUCUUUUUAUUGUGCUCAUGUGGCUUUCACUCUUUUCAUUGGCUGUUAUCGUUCUUACGGCUCCUGUUAUUAUUGGCCGAUGGGUGCUUUUUUAUGUGUUCAAUCAAUCGCUAAACGACUUUUAUAACUUUGCGUUUGGGCUCUCUGUGGUCUUCAUCGUCAUUGGCGCUUAUAAUGUUAGCGCAAAACUUCUGGGAUAUGAUUGGAGGGGGGUCGUUUUGAAAGCGCCCAUCGGAGUAUGCUUCAACAUUCUUCUUCAAUAUGUUGGGGCUCUUCUUGCAUUUGGAUUGGUCCUUCCAUCUCUUUUGGGCGCUCUCUUUGAACUCACAUUUAUUGCUCCGCUUUUUGUUUCAACCAAUGAAGCUGCGCUAUUUAAUUAUUUUCAGAUUUGGGCAUUGGGCGCUGUUCUCAUGAAACUGGUCGCGUGUGUUAUCAUGUCCGGCCAAGUGGCGCCCCUUCGUUCUCUUCUUGACGAUGCGCGUGUCAAUGCUGCCAAUCAACGAAGCGGUAUAGUGAUGGGGGAAUUCCAAUUGGACCGACUGACUAGCCACGUGGCUUUACCUCUUAUUCGGUUGUUGGGGCUUUUCCUGAGCGUUCCGUACAUUGUCACGCGCGGGCUCCUUCCUCAUUUUGUGGAGUCUGCUUAUAUAAGAACCCUGCUUUCAAGAUUCAGCUACUCUGCUCUGAUGCUUUUUUGUAUAUGCUGGCAGUCGACUAAUAAGUUGCGUUCGUAUUUCGUACGACUGCACGACACGAUUCGGGACGAAAAGUAUUUGAUUAAUAGAGAAUUACGAAAUUAUAAAGGAUCUCGAGGUAGGGAGGAACCUAUUUCUCUGAAUACGCAGUAG